ACUUGCUCUCAAGUUUUUAUCAUAACUCGAUUAUCCUUUUCCUUGGAUUGGAGCCUCUCCUAUUACCUCAUAGUGUCGACAUGGGUUGCCAGGAAGAGCCUUUGGUUCAACAAGUCUGCAAUUUGUUUGAGCAAAUCUCAAACCUCGACAGUCUCAAACCCUCCAAAGAUGUCAACAUGCUCUUCACCCAACUUGUGUUCACAUGCAUGCCACCAACUCCAAUUGAUGUAACCAAGCUGUGCAAAAGGGUGCAAGAAAUCAGGUCAAAGCUGAUUAGGCUUUGUGGGGAGGCUGAGGGACUUUUGGAGAGCCAUUACUCUACCAUUUUGGGCUCAUAUCAGAAACCACUUGACCAUCUUGAUAUCUUUCCUUACUAUUCUAAUUACCUCAAGCUUAGCCUCCUUGAGUUCAACAUCCUUUCCCAACACUGCACCCAAAAUGGCCCUAGCAAAAUUGCCUUUGUGGGCUCUGGUCCCCUUCCCCUUACAUCUAUUGUCUUGGCAUCUAAUCACCUCAACUCCUCGACCUUUCACAAUUAUGAUAUUGACCCCUUAGCCAAUUCAAAGGCUGUUAGUUUAGUUUCAUCUGAUCCUGACUUGUCAAAAAGAAUGUUCUUCCAUACCACUGAUAUAAUGAAUGUAACAACUGCUUUGAAAGAUUUUGAAGUUGUUUUCUUGGCAGCUCUAGUGGGCAUGGACAAGGACGACAAGGUCCGAGUCAUAGAUCAUAUCGCCAAGUACAUGGCGCCAGGAGCUCUUUUGAUGCUAAGGAGUGCACAUGGAGCUAGGGCUUUUCUCUAUCCGGUGGUUGAUCCGUCCGAUCUUGUUGGAUUCGAGGUUCUUUCAGUGUUUCAUCCAACUGAUGAUGUUAUUAAUUCGGUUGUGAUUGCACGUAAAUAUCCCAUGACUACACACUCACUUGAGCAGCAGCAGGGUCUUGGCCCCAUGGUACUGCCUAGCAAGUGUUCUGAAAUCCAAGCAUUCAAUCCUUUCAACCAUGGGAACAUGAUUGAGGAUCUAGCUCUUGAGGAGCAACUUUCCUAGACCAGUUAUCUUUCUUUAUCCAAGAUGUCUGUCUACAAUACCCUCCAUCUAUAUACAUGAGUAUUGAGUCAUGUAAUGGCUUUUCUCACAUGUUUUCGUGCAUGUCUAACAAGUUUAGCCUCUUGAAGCAUGCUUUUAUUUCGUGUUGUUGCAUCUUCAAAUUAAGAAAAAAAUAAGUUCCAUA